AUGAGCCCCGGGAACAAGUUGAGGUGGCUGUGGAGGGCGCCGGUGCGGGUGCUGGGCCGCGCGCGGGACUACUACGUGCGGAGCAUCACGGGAUGCUCGCGCUACGUCCCGGCCGACGCGGCCUUCGGCGCCUACCCGGUGCACGUGCCCGUGGCGCUACCCAGGAGCCGCAGCUGCGGCGCCGGCGAGGACGACCUCCGGGACCUCAUCCGCGCGUCCUCGCAGCGACGCGAACGCGACGACCAGCGGCGGCAGGUCGUCCAGGCCGUGGCCAGGAGCCAGAGCACGGCGGUGGGGCGGUCCAUGGCGCCCAUCGACGAGGACGCGCCGUGCGAGUUCGGUGGUGGGGGCGUGGGCGUGGGCGUGGGCGUGGGCGGGCUCUACUCGAGGAGCCAGAGCUACGCCGGCGGCGCAGCAGGGAGGCCUCGGUUCCACAAGAAGGAAGCCGUCUUGGGCUGA